AUGAACUACUGUGCUUCAUCACUUCUCCUGGAUAUUGAUGAAUGUCUUGAAUCUAUCUGUGGAGUUAAACAGACCUGCAUCAACAGCAUAGGAAGUUUCCUGUGUUUGUGCUCUAAAGGCUACUACCUUUCAGUUGAUGAAGUCCCUCGUUGCCAAGAUAUCGAUGAGUGUUUCAACUCAGCUGUUUGUGGUCCUAAUUCUGUCUGCACCAACACAAUUGGAUCGUACGACUGUGCAUGUGCAGUGGGUUACAAACCAACUAAUCCAACUCAACAACCCAGCAAGACCAACAUCUGUAUUGAUAUUAAUGAGUGUGUCGAAUACAACACCACCUGUGGACCUGUGUGCAACUGCACAAAUUCAAUUGGAUCCUACUUCUGCAAGUGCUACCGUGGUUAUCGGGAGACCGACGGCACUAUGAUAGCCAGCAUUACUAACCCAUGCAUAGAUAUAAAUGAAUGCAUCGAGACACCCGGCAUAUGUGGUCCAAACACUGUGUGUACUAAUUUAAUAGGCAGCUAUUACUGUUCCUGUCCUGAUGGAUACUACCCAUCAACGGGAGUCGAGUGGCUCAUUGACAUCUCAUACUGUAAAAAUGUUCUAGAUGUUCUAGGGGAAACAAUGCCCCAAAAGGGUCAGACAAAAGAAAGAGCUUUCCUUGACAAUAUGGGUGGCCAACUCCAGAACAACACUGAUUUUGUCUUACCAACAGCGACUGUGUCAAACUUUCUUUCUGCAUCUAUGCAAGUGUCAGGCGUUGGGCCCCAUGUAAAGACAAUCAAUGUGAGUAGUGAAGGAGAUGGGGUGACUGGCAGUGUCAUCCUGGGCAUCUCAGACCGACUAGCUGCUACAAUGUUUCAUCCAGCUGUGAACCAAACAACCAAAGUAGUAGAAACUACAACAGUGUCUAUGACCCUACUGGCCAUCGGUCCACAGACUACUAUUAACAGCACUGUGCCCCUCUUUGCCAAAGGACACGCUAUGGAAAUCAACUUGUUAGACUUAGCCAAAGCCAACAAUGGUUCUGUGGCAGCUGUCUUUAUGACACUGAAUGGGAUGGAGAAUCUUCUUAGUCAUCAGUACUUUAAAACAGACAAAGAGACAGAGAUGUACUCAGAUGUUCUCACUGCAAUAUUACCCUUAGUAAACAACACCAACAUCACCGAGCCUGUCAACUUUACCAUCCAGCAUAAGCAGCCAGGACCUGCAUCUGGAAUGAUGACUUGUGUGUACUGGGAUGACAAAAGCAAGGACGCAGAUCUGGGACAACAGAGUGGGGGAACAAAUAAGAAAGAUUUGAUGAGUUGGUCAGAACAGGGCUGUUGGGUUGCACACACAGAUGAAAACUACACAGUGUGCAGCUGCUCUCAUCUGUCUACCUUUGCCCUCAUAAUGCAGAUUGGGCAGCCUCCACCAGAUGACAGUUUUUUAGAGUGGAUAAACCGUGUGUGUGUGAUUAUUGGACUAUUCUUCUUUGGCUUGGCCAUUCUCACCUUCCUCCUGUGUAGCUGGAACCCCAAGGUCAACAAUACAGCCCGUCUUCACCUCUGUAUCAACCUUGCCCUGUCUCAGAUGCUGCUGCUGUGGAAUGACAGAUAUGUGGACCAAAAGUUGGCCUGCAAAGUUAUGGCUGGGCUUCUCCACUUCUUAGUAGUUGCAGGUUUCGUGUGGAUGCAGCUUGAGGCGCUACAGUUGUACCUGCUUGUCCGAAGACUCACCAAGGUGCAGGUCAUCCAGAGAGAUGGCCUCCCCAGGCCACUUCUCUACUUGAUUGGCUAUGGCAUUCCAUUUGUGAUUGUGGGUGUUUCUGCACUGGUGUGCUGGCUUUCUACACAGCGGAAUUUCAACUGGGCUUUGACGGGCCCUGUGAUUGUUAUUCUUGGACUUAAUUGGAUGUUGUUCUGUGCUACUUUGUGGAGUCUGAGACCCACCUUGGCCAGCAUGAAGAGCGAUGUUUCUCAGUCCAAAGACACCAGGUUGAUCGUGUUCAAGAUCCUGGCCCAGUUUGUCAUACUGGGCUGUACAUGGAUUAUAGGCCUGUACCAGUCAAACCUUUUCUUCCGUGUCCUCUUUAUUAUACUCAACUCCCAGCAGGGCACCUGCCUCUACAUUGUCCACUGUCUGCUCAAUAAGGAGGUGCGAGAGGAGUACAUCAAAUGGCUGACAUGCUCAUUUGCAAAAGACAGAUCUGAGCAUAAAGAUGCAAAUUCAGUCUCAGAGGACGACUUGGACAAACCUGUGGAGCAGACAAAUAAGGCAAACAAGGAUGAUAAGCAAUUGUGAUAAAGGAAACAGGAAACAGGGAGAAGAGAGACAAAAAAAGGACAAAGUCAUCUAUAACAAGUUGACUUUGAUUUUUUUAAAUGCAAAAGGUGACCUGUAGCUUAACAUGAAUGCCAUGAAAAUAUAUCAUUGUCUCUCUCUUAUCGUUCUAGCUGGCUGUUUUCAGUCUCCAAGUCUUGAAAGUCAAAUGUUUUAAAUUAUGUUAAAUUUAAGCCUGAAUGCAGUGAGUGUAGUUGUGCUACUCUCUCUCUCUUUAAUAACCAGAUUUAGGUUUUGCUACCAUCAAUCAAUAUUAUUAUGAUGAGUAUAUUUGACAUAUAGUUCAUGUAGCUAUAGAAAGAAGGUUUGACAGUCCUACAAUACAGUACACAUUUGAAAGCUUUUAGAUCUGCUGGGUUUUGACAAUUUCUGCACUAUAUCAUUGUAACUUACAGUAAACUAGUUUAACAGAUGAAUGUUACACACACUGAAUGUGAGGCUAAUAAGGUUAGAAGUCUUCAGACUGGUAUAUAACACUGGGAAGACUUGUUGAAAUAGCCACCACCUCUCCACCCAAUUCAUUUGCCUGGGUGUGAAAGCUUUCACAAGCAUGUUAGUGCCCACACCCUCAGUUAGCCACUGUCUAAAAACACAAGCCUUCUGCCAAGUCAAACAUUCAUACCUUAGUUGUUUUUUGUCUUUUGAUUUGUAUUGAAUUUACAUGAGAGCUGGAAUAGUUUUACAUGGGUCAAACUUUACAAGACAAAUUAAAAGGAAACACAGCCCAUAUUGCAUUUAACUUGCACGUUACCAGAAAUCCAGAGUAACAGUGGGCACAAAACACGCUGAGUUUAAAUGAAUGGAUGUGUAACAUAAAAACACUCAGAAAUGCAAGAAUCAACCUAGUUAAAUUUACCUGUCAACUUAAUAAAGAACUGCUUAGUGCUAUUUAUCAUCAUCAAAGGCAAUACUAAUGUGUGUGUCACUUUUAGUAGAGUGCCACUUUCCUUUUUAACAUCUUUUAUGUAGAAUCUCUUCAGUUCAAAAGAUGUUGCAGCAUUAGCCGAGUGAAGAGUUUUUCUUUGGAAU